AUGCUGAUCCAGGUGUGCCUGUAUUUUUAUUGUAAAUUUUUGUGGCGUUGCCUGAAAUUUGUAAUGAGAAAACUGACUGGAAGAUGUGAACUGCAACGAAUCUGUUAUAAUACCAAGCCUGGAGCUUCUAGAACCAUGAAAAUUGAAACAUCACUGAGAGAUUCAAAAAGUAAGCUAUUACAGACUUCAGUGAGUGUUCACCCUGAUGCUAUUGAAAAAACUAUAGAUGACAUCAUGGAACUGAAAAAAAUUAACCCCGACAUAAAUCCACAAUUGGGAAUCUCUCUUCAGGCUUGCCUUCUGCAAAUUGUUGGCUACAGAAACCUUAUUGCAGAUGUGGAAAAACUGCGCAGAGAAUCCUACGAUUCUGAUAAUCCCCAACAUGAAGAAAUGCUUUUGAAGUUAUGGAAAUUCUUGAAGCCCAAUACUCCACUGGAAUCCCGGAUUUCUAAGCAAUGGUGUGAAAUUGGUUUCCAAGGUGAUGAUCCUAAAACAGAUUUCCGAGGAAUGGGACUUUUGGGACUGUACAAUUUGCAGUAUUUUGCAGAAAGAGAUGCUGCAGCAGCUCAGCAGGUCCUCUCUGAUUCUCUUCAUCCCAAAUGCAGGGAUAUCACUAAAGAGGAAAUAAGCAAAUUCAGCAAAGCAGAAUGGGAGAAGAAAAGGAUGGAUAAAGCAAUUGGGUACUCAUUUGCGAUUGUGGGCAUCAAUAUAACUGAUCUGGCAUAUAAUCUACUGGUGAGCGGAGCUCUAAAAACUCAUUUCUACAACAUCGCUCCAGAAGCUCCAACAUUAUCACACUUCCAGCAAACAUUCUGUUAUUUGAUGCAUGAGUUUCAUAAGUUUUGGAUUGAAGAGGACCCUAUGGACAUAAUGGAAUUUAAUCGUGUGCGAGAGAAAUUCCGCAAGAGGAUCAUAAAACAGCUGCAGAAUCCAGACAUGGCAUUGUGCCCGCACUUUGCUGCCUCAGAAGGUUUAAUCAACAUGUAG